AAAGGUAUAUGCGAGGGAGAAAUAUUACUAGCUAGAAACUUCCAAAGUAAAAAUCAAACCACACCGCCUUUACAUGUGUGCUCUUGGAAGAACAGCACUAGGUAGGGUUUUUAUUUGCGUCGCGGCGGAGGGAUGAAGGUGCUAGUCGUCGGGAGUAGCAGCGGCUGCGGCCUCGAGGUCGCGAAAUUGCUCGCCGCGUCUGAGGAGUUUGAAGUGUUUGCGCUCGUGAGGAAUUUGGAGCGAGCAACCAAGGCCUUGGAUUCCACAAGCGACAAGGUGAAAUUCGUCCUUGGUGAUGUAACGAAACCCGAGACGCUGGCGCCUGCUUGCGAAGGAAUGGACGGGGUUGUGUGCACGAUUGGUGCUCGAGCUGGAUGGAAGCUCCCUGGCUCUGUCAUGGAGGACACACCAAAGUUCGUCGACUAUCUGGGAGUUAAACACCUUGCUGAGGCCGCUGCUUCUGCAAAGGUUCCAAAGUUCGUACUCGUCUCGUCAAUGGGAGUGACAAGGCCUUACUCACCCAUUUCUCUCAUUCUCAAUGCGGUUAAAGGUCGAGUUUUGGUGUGGAAGCUUAAGGGCGAGGCAGCUGUCAAGGAAGCCUACUCCCAGCACGAGGAGCUCGGGUAUUUUAUCAUCAGGCCCGGGGGAUUACUCAACAAAGAAGGCGGUCAAUACAAGGUCAUCGCCGAACAAGGUGACAAAGGGCUGGGGACCAUUGCUCGAAAGGACGUUGCACUGAUUGCUCAGGCUUGCUUGCAAGGACUCUGUCCACAGUCGAACGUCACAUUCGAGAUCAUCAAUGGCAAGUCCAAGCCUCCGACGGAUUUGAAGGAAGUCCUGGCCCAUCUUAAGCCGGACAAAUGAACCAACCAUCCAGUCAAUCCGGCAGAGAUCACAGCCCAAAUCUUCUAUGCAUAUUUUGCACAGCAACGACUCCGAGUGUAAGUUCUUUACUGUAAGUAAUCGUUUUGCUCGUUAGCCAGCCAUAGCUGUAAAGGAAUUCGUGCCAGGGGAAUAAGACAGGUUUGCUUCAUUACA